GGAUUCAGUAUCAAACUAUCUACUAUCCCUGGAGCCGGGUUCGGGGGGUUCCGAGAGAAGUUUAUACCGAAACACACAAUCAUUGGAAGUUACGAGGGGCUCAUCCACACCAACCACAAAGACGACGUCCUAUACUCAUGGCAGAUGGAGAAAAUUGGAUCUAAAGGAGUGUACGUCAUUGACGCCGGAAGUCCGGCUAAUAGUAACUGGUUACGUUGGAUAAACUGCGCCGGAAACAUUGAACAGGAAAACCUGAUAGCAGUAUCGUGCGCAGGUCUCAUUCUCUACAUGACAACCAGAGAUAUCGACCCCGGAAGUGAAAUGUUUGUCUGGUAUGGUGACGAUUACGGGGACUUUCUCAAAAUCAGCAGAGUUCACCCAGAGUCGGACCUACAGGGGAUUUUCAACAUCCGGAUCAACGUUCUUUCGUUUGAUGACGAGGAUCGGACGAUAUACAGUGACGGAAGUCCGGUCACUUACAUGAACUGGGUCCCGGAAGCAGCGUCAGCCGUCUUGGACAACACAGUCGGCCUCGUUCUGACAUACAACGGAAGUGAAUGGAAAUGGUUUCCGGAGAAGGACUAUCGAUAUUUUACUGGUCCGGACGGUCUGCAUCUUCCCUUUGUGUGUGAGGAUAGAACCACUUAUAAUGUUGACAGAGUUGUCAAUCCUGAUUACAAGGAACCUGAGGCGAGAGAGUCGUCUGCUAGUCACGUGGAGUCAGACAUUUUAGCGGAACGCGACAUGAAACCAUUAAAUAAUGAAGAUCAACUGGAACCGGAAGUAGUUUGGGAUGGUUCAGUGUAG